AUGCCUCUGCGUCUGGACAUCAAGCGAAAGCUGACAGCUCGCUCAGACCGAGUGAAGAGCGUGGACCUGCACCCCUCAGAGCCAUGGAUGGUCCUCAGCCUCUACAGCGGUACCGUGGUCGUCUGGAACCACCAGUCACAGAGUAUUGUUAAAACCUUUGAGCUGUGUGACCUCCCCGUGCGAGUGGCAAAGUUUGUGGCCCGGAAACAUUGGGUCAUUGCCGGAGCAGACGACAUGCAGAUCCGAGUGUUUAACUACAACACGUUGGAGAGAGUCCAUAUGUUCGAGGCCCACGCAGACUACAUCCGCUGCAUCGCUGUCCAUCCGUCACAGCCCUACAUCCUCACCAGCAGCGACGACAUGUUGAUCAAACUGUGGGACUGGGACAGGAAGUGGAUUUGUUGCCAGGUUUUUGAGGGACACACACAUUACGUCAUGCAGAUCGUCAUCAACCCCAAAGACAACAACCAGUUCGCCAGCGCUUCUCUGGACAGAACCAUCAAGGUGUGGCAGCUGGGAUCCAAAGCUCCAAACUUCACCCUGGAGGGCCACGAGAAGGGAGUGAACUGCCUGGACUACUACAGCGGAGGAGAUAAGCCUUAUCUCAUCUCUGGGGCUGACGACCACAUGGUCAAAAUAUGGGACUAUCAGAACAAAACCUGUGUUCAGACUCUCGAAGGCCACGCCCAGAAUGUCACCUGUGUUUCCUUCCAUCCGGAGCUCCCGAUCAUCCUCACCGGCUCCGAAGACGGGACUGUCCGUGUGUGGCACUCCAACACGUACAGGCUGGAGAACACCCUGAACUAUGGUCUGGAGAGGGUCUGGUGCAUCUGCAGUCAGUCCGGCUCCAACAGUGUGGCGUUGGGCUACGACGAAGGCAGCAUCAUCAUCAAGUUGGGGCGAGAGGAGCCGGCCAUGUCCAUGGACUCCAGUGGGAAAGUGAUGUGGGCACGACACUCAGAGGUCCAGCAGGCGAAUCUGAAGGCUCUGGGCGACGCAGAGGUCAGGGACGGAGAGAGGCUUCCUCUGGGGGUGAAGGACAUGGGCAGCUGCGAGAUCUUCCCCCAGACCAUCCAGCACAGCCCCAACGGCAGAUUCGUGGUGGUGUGUGGAGACGGAGAGUACAUUAUCUACACCGCUGUGGCCUUGAGGAACAAAAGCUUUGGAACGGCUCUGGAGUUUGUCUGGGCCCACGAUUCCUCACAAUACGCCAUUCGAGAAGGCAAUAACAAAGUCAAAAUCUUCAAGAAUUUCAAGGAGAAAAAGGCGUUUAAACCAGACUUUGGCAGUGAAGGUGUGUUUGGAGGCUUCUUGCUCGGGGUCAGGUCCAGCAGUGGUUUGGCCUUUUACGACUGGGAAACUGCCGACCUCGUCCGGCGAAUCGAAAUCACACCUAAGCAUGUGUUCUGGUCUGACUCUGGGGAGCUGGUGAGUAUUGCCACCGAAGAGUCCUUCUUCGUGCUGAGAUACAUGUCUGAGAAGGUGGCGGCGGCUCUCGAGAAGAAGAGUGACAUCACAGAGGACGGGAUCGAGGAGGCGUUUGACGUGCUGGGAGAGGUGCCGGAGGUGGUGAAAACAGGAGUGUGGGUCGGAGACUGCUUCAUCUACACCAGUUCUGUGAACAGACUCAACUACUACGUUGGAGGAGAGAUCAUCACAGUGGCUCACUUGGACCGGACCAUGUAUCUUCUGGGCUACAUUCCCAAAGACGACCGGCUGUAUCUGGGAGACAAAGAGCUGAGUGUGGUGAGCUUCUGGCUGCUGCUGUCGGUGCUGGAGUACCAGACGGCCGUGAUGAGGAGAGACUUCACCACCGCAGACCGAGUCCUGCCCACCAUCCCCAAAGAGCAGAGGCCUCGCGUCGCACACUUCCUCGAGAAACAGGGCUUCAAACCGCAGGCUCUGGCGGUGACCACAGACGCAGAACACAAGUUUGAACUGGCUCUGCAGCUCGGGGAGGUGAAGAUCGCGUACGAGCUGGCCCAGGAGGCAGAGUCCGAGCACAAGUGGAAGCAGCUGGCUGAGCUCGCCACCUCCAAGUGCCACUUCAGUCUGGCCCAGGAGUGUCUGCACCAGGCCCAGGAUUACGGAGGUUUACUGCUGCUGGCCACGGCCUCCGGGAACGCUCCGAUGGUAGGAAAACUGGCCGAGGGCGCGGACUCGGACGGAAAGACCAACGUGGCCUUCCUCGCUUAUUUCAUGCAGGGCAGACUGGACAAGUGUCUGGACCUCCUGAUCAGGACCGAGCGGUUGCCAGAGGCGGCGUUUCUGGCGAGAACAUACCUCCCGAGCCAAGUGUCGAGGGUGGUCGGUCUGUGGAAGCAGAGUCUGUCUCGUCAGAAUCAGAAGGCAGCAGCCGCUCUGGCCGAUCCGUGCAGCUACAGUAACCUGUUCCCUGGACUACAGCGCGCCCUAGUGGCCGAGCAGUAUCUGCAGGAGACACACGUGGGAGGCAGACCAGCAGCAGACUACACCGUCACGAUGCCAAACGAGGACCGUAAUGUUCUGGAAGAAUCUGAAGGUUUUGUCCCUAAAGAAGCGUCUGAGGUUGUAGCUGAGUCUCAAACUGUGGUUCCUACGUCUGCAGAGGUCUCUCCAACACAAGUGCACAAUGAAGAAGUGGAGAAGGUUUUUGAAAGUGCAUUGUUUGUGACGAGCUCCAAACCUGAAGAGAAACCAGCGGCAGCUCAAGUGAGAGAAGAGGAUCCGGGCGUUUCUCUGAUGGAAACUAACGUGGCCAAAGAGACGCCUGAGAGUCCGGCUCCAGUGGAACCCUGUGAGGACAGAGUCGUGGAUCCUGCCCCAAAGAUGGAAGCUUCAAUCCCAACAGAAGGAGAAGAAACACUGACGGCUUCACCUCCUCCAGAGUCAGAAGAAGAGACCGCGGAGGCAUUUAAAUCUGAGGAGUUGGUUUUAGCCGAACAAAUUAUCCAAAUUUCAACCAACGUUGUGUCACCGGAGCUGGAUUUGGAAGAAAAUUCUACUCCAGAACAAAUCGUAACGACCGAGGAGGCUAAUAAUAAGGAAACGGACCCUGAUUCGGCAGGCGAUCUCGCAGAUGUUACCAUGGAAACGGCCAUGAUACCUCCUGCGGCAACAGAAGACCUGGUCCUUCAUGAAGAAGAAGCAAAAGUGAGCGCGGCGGCCAUUUUGGAAGACAGGACCUUGGUUCAAGACGACACGACUUCACCGGAGAAUGUUCAGGAAGUGGCAAAAGAGGAACAGCUUAUUUCGUUUGAAUCUUCCACAUUUACAGAAGCAGAACCGGAAAUCCUGGAGCAAACUCUAGCUAGGUUCAAACUCAGUCCGAGGCCAGAACCAGAGGUGGAACCAUCACCAGCUGUAGAUGAAGAGGAGGAGGAGGAGGAUUUGGGACCUGGGGCCCUAAGUCUUGGUCCGGACGCCCCAAGUCUUGGUCCGGACGCCCCAAGUCUUGGUCCGGACGCCCCAAGUCUUGGUCCAGAGGUGCUGGCUGUAGCUCCAGAAGUAACAGAAGAAGAAAAAGUGGAAUUUAAGGAUGAAGACGAUGAUGAGGGUCUGGACGAUCUGGAUUUGGACAAUUUUGAUUUGGGAGACUUCGAUCCCGCAGACGUCAACUUGGACGACGAUUUCUUGGAUGAAAAUUAA